AGGAUCCUAGGAAAGCAUUUUGUAGUUCUUUGAUUAGGAUUUGGGCUAAACACCAAUCUUUCCGUUAACGAAAUUGACCAAUAGCCCAGCUUACCCGCCAAAAAAAGAAAUCUAUCGUCUUUACAUGAACUGUGAUGCGUGUGUACAUAUAGAGAGAGAGUGGCAAAGUUUUCUGCUUACGUGAAGUUCCAAAAUGCUUGCUUUCCUUUUGGGUGUAGCUUUCUGAAUCCAAGAAAUACUUUUUCAUUGAUCUAGUUACUCUAAGCUCGAUAUAGAUAUGAACGUUCUCUCUUCCGGGUUACAUUCAUUAUUCAAGAAAAACUACCCAUUACAAUUCAUCAAACUUCAUUGUUCGUCUUUCUCUAACUUAACUGUAGAAAAAACACUCUUCCAUUCGCGAGAGAAUUUUGCUUUUCAUUUGGAGAACUGUUCAGAUAUAGUUUCUCUGAGAAAGCUUCAUGCUUGCAUUUUCACUUCUGGGCUCCAAAACAACAUCUUUUUGGGCUCUAAGCUUCUCAAUUGCUAUGCCAAGUUUGGCUUCUUGACUGAAUCUAGAUGGGUAUCUGAUAAGAUCAUCAAUAACAAUCUCUCUCUUUGGAAUUCAAUUCUUGUUGGGUAUUUUAGAGCUGGUCAAUUCAGUGAAGUUCUUAGGCGAUAUUUAGAUUUAAGAAAGAGAAAGAUUGGUGUGGAUAGUUCAGCCAUUACUUUUGCAUUGAAGAGUUGUAUUGAGUCGGGGAAUUUAGAAUUUGGAAGAGUGAUUCAUGUGGAUGCUUUCAAAUUUGGUUGGAAUGUUGACCAAUUUGUGGGUUCAUCACUCAUUGGGUUGUAUUCUGAAUAUGGUGAUAUUGAUGAUGCAUCUAAAGUGCUCGAUGAAAUAACUGAGAGAGACAUUGUUGCUUAUACGUCAAUGAUUACAGGGUAUGCCAAUGUUGGUGAUCACCGUGCCUAUGAGGCUUUUAGAAUUGCUCGUCGUAUGCAGGAGGAAGAACUCUGUCCUAAUCGAGUGACUUUAGUGAGCUUACUUCAGGCGGCGGCACACUUAGAAGCCCUGGAAGAGGGUCGGUCUCUCCAUGGCUAUGCUAUUAGAAGAGAUAUUGGAUGUUCAGAUGAAGUUUUUGAAACAAGUCUAAUGGACAUGUAUAUCAAGUGCGGAGCCACAGAUACUGCAGCCUCAAUUUUUGGCAAAAUGAGCACAAAAAGUGUUGGUUCUUGGAAUGCAUUGAUUGCUGGGCAUCUUCAAAUGGGGCAGCCAUUAAAAGCUUUGGACCUUUUCUUUAAAUUGGUGCAAGAGGAGGUGAAGCCUGAUUUGAUUACUUUAGCGAAUGGGAUUUUGAGUUGUGCUGAUUUGGAGUGUUUGUGUAUAGGCAAGAGUAUCCAUUGUUACAUGAUUCGAAGUGGAAUUCAGCUCGAUCUAGUUGCUGCCACAGCUCUAAUCGAUAUGUACUCGAAAUGCAACAACUUAAUACAGGCCAGGAAAGUCUUUACGGGAAUGGAGGAAAAGGAUGUUGUUUCACUUAAUGUGAUGAUGGCAGGUUAUCUUCAAAAUGAAUUUGCUUGUGAGGCGAUAAGGACAUUAUAUGAAAUGAUUGGAACAGGUAUUAAACCAAAUGCUAGUACUAUUUUAAGUAUACUUUCUGCCUUGUCUGAUAUGAAAGACGCGAGUCAUGGCAGAUGUGUUCAUGGAUAUGUAUUCAGACAUGGGUUCGAAUUGAACAUUGAAAUAUCAAAUCAACUCAUUCACAUGUACGCAAAGUGUGGGUGUAUAGACUUUUCAAGGCAAGUCUUCAACAGGACAAAUUACAGGGACUUGGUGUCAUGGACAUCAAUGAUGAUGGGCUAUGUAUCUCAUGGGCGUGCUGAUGAAGCCAUAGCCUUUUUUCGUCUGAUGCAAAGAGAUAAAGUAAACCCUGACUCCCUCACUUUAGUUAGCCUGCUUAAGGCGUUUUCUCAGGUUGGAUGUCUAAAUCUGGCGAAGGAAGUUCAUUGUCAUAUAUAUCGGGUUUCUAUGGAGACUGAGAUGCCCGUUGUCAAUUCUCUGGUUACUACUUACGGCAAAUGUGGAAAAUUGAACUUGGCUAGAAAUCUGUUUGAACACAUGACUGGUCGGUGUUUGACAUCAUGGAACACGAUGCUAGCUGCAUAUGGGAUGCAUGGGGAUUAUAGCGAGGCACUUAAAUUGUUUGACCAAAUGAAAAAGGAAAACGUUGCACCAAAUGAGGUGACUUUCAUGUCUAUACUCUCUGCUUGCAGCCAUUCAGGCUUGGUUGAAGAGGGCCUGCAUAUUUUCAGGUCCAUGAAAGAAGAAUAUUCUUUAGUUCCUUGUGAAGAGCAUUAUGGUUGUAUAGUUGAUUUAUUAAGCCGAGCAGGGAAGAUUGAAGAAGCGUAUGAUCUUCUGAAAUGCCUGCCAUCAAGACAUAGUGCUUCUGCAUUGGGCUCCUUGCUUGCUGCUUGUAGAGUUUACGAAAAUAAUGAAAUGGGGGAGGUGAUAGGAAGGAGACUCCUAGAUUUAGAGCCUGAGAACCCAAGUGUGUAUGGUUUGAUGUCAAAUAUAUAUGCAGAAGGUGGAAAAUGGGAUGAAGUGGCGCGAAUUAGAGCCAUGGCACAAGGGAGAGGCUUGAAAAGGACUCCUGGAUAUAGCCUGAUAGACUUAGAUAAGCAGCUGCAAGGAUCAAAUGGAAAUUGACCGGAGAUAAUCAAUAGGAAGAUUAUCAUCAAGGUCAAGUUCGUACUGUCUGGAUAACUGACUGAUGCAGAUAUACGGAGAUGUGAACAGGUGGGCAGCUACAAAUAUUGUGAGGACCAUCGCAUUAUAUAAUACGAGGAAGCCAUCAUCCUAGUCAGCUGGAUUAGACUUUUGUAUGUAUCUCUAUCUUACCUCCACCUGAGUGCAUUGCCAAUAUGCUUCGUUUGUAUGUAGAAUACUUGAAUACUGCACAAACAAUGUCAAUUUUUCAAUCUUUCUUGUUUGAUAAAAUUUCUGGAAAUGUUGCCCAACUUUUUUCAUGGUUUUAGAGUGACCAAUUGUAGCGUGCUCUCUAAUU